GAAGCGCCUCGGCGGGGGUCUUUUCUGCUCAUGUCACUACAUAAAACUAUCAGAUGGUUCGAGGAGGGCCAUGGAGGCAUCAUCCACUUAGUCCGGGACGCCCCGAUGAAGUCUUGUGAGCUCCUCUAGCGGGACUAUAGCCGAGAAAAGACGUCCAAGCAAAGCCUUCGAUGUGUCGGCGCACAGGCUGGGAAAACAAGUCCUGCAUGAAGAAACUCGCACCAAGGAAUUAAGGGUGACUACUUGUUUUUUUUUUUUUUUUGCGCGCGUGUUUUUUUUCGGGGGCGGGGGUUGAAAACUACGUCGAAGGAUGCCUCGUCCGGGGAGAAACACGUACAGCGACCAGAAGCCGCCGUAUUCGUACAUCUCACUGACGGCCAUGGCCAUCCAGAGCUGCCCGGAGAAGAUGCUCCCGUUGAGUGAAAUCUACAAGUUCAUCAUGGAUCGCUUCCCUUACUACCGAGAAAAUACGCAGCGGUGGCAGAACUCGCUGAGGCACAACUUGUCCUUCAACGACUGCUUCAUCAAAAUCCCCCGGCGCCCCGACCAGCCGGGCAAAGGCAGCUUCUGGGCGCUGCACCCCAGCUGCGGGGACAUGUUCGAAAACGGCAGUUUCUUGAGACGUCGCAAACGCUUCAAGGUGCUGGGCGCUUCCGACCACCUGGCCCCCAGCAAGCAGUCCGACGCCGCCCACUACCUCCAGCAGCAGGCCAAGCUGCGGCUGAGCGCGCUGCAGGCGGCCACCGGCACGCACCUGCCCCAGAUGUCCACCUACAACCUGGGCGUGUCCCAGACCUCCACCUUCAAGCACCCGUUCGCAAUCGAGAACAUCAUCGCCAGAGAGUAUAAGGUCCCCGGGAGCUUGGCCUUCUCCACCAUGCAGUCCAUGUCGGCCGGCUACCCGCUGCACAACCAGCUCACCACGGCCUGGCCGCACAUGUACAACAGCGGCGUGAUGGACACGGCGGCGCCCAUCUCCAUGGCGCCGAGCGACUACAGCGCCUACGGUGUGCCCAUCAAGUCGCUGUGUCACGGGGCGCAGACUCUACCGGCCAUCCCGGUGCCCAUCAAGCCCACGCCCACCUCCAUGGCCGGCUUCUCGGCGCUCCCGCACCACCUGCCCGCUUUCCUGUCCAACUCGCCGCAGUCCCUGAGCCCGACCUCCCCACAGACUGCCACCAGCCAAAGCAGCCCCGCCACCCCCAGCGAGACGCUCACCAGCCCGGCCACGCUCCAGUCGGUGGCCGUGCACUGACCAAAUGGACCCUCGCCACCCGUCAGACAAAACGAACUGCUGGUAGCGAACCCAAAGUUUAUAUGUCUAUACGUCGGA